CUUCUAACAAUACAAUGAGUAAACCGAAUAAUUCUUUCCGGUGUGCUCUGCCGGAAGUAGUUGGCUCUUAGCAACAGUUAGCUCAGUGCUUCAUGUUGAUGUACUACAAUCAAACAUGUCAGGACAGUCGAUAACACUGAUAGUGUCAUACGGAGCUACUAAGCAUAGCAUCACAUUAACGGGUCAUGAUGAUGGCAAAGGUGCUACUGUCAAAGAUCUGUCAGAUGCUCUCACUCAAGCCACGGGAGUUCCACCAGCCUCACAGAAACUCAUCUUCAAGGGAAAAUCACUGAAGGACAUGGAGGAGAGUCUUUCCAGCUAUGGAAUAAAAGAAGGCUGCAAACUAAUGAUGAUAGGAAAGCGGAACAGUCCAGAGGAAGAAGCGGAACUGAAAAAGCUCAAAGAUAUAGAGAAAUCUAUCGAACAGACAGUCAAAAAGCUGGAAAAAGUUGAAGGGGAGUUGACUGGACUCAAAAAUGGAUUUCUGGCCAAAGACCUCCAGGUGGAGGCACUGAGUAAACUAGACCACAGAGUAAAAAUAGCAGCUGAGCAGUUCAUGAAGAUUCUGGAGCAGAUCGACGCUAUGAGUGUGCCGGAAAACUUCAAUGACUGUAGAAUAAAGAAAAAGGGACUCGUAAAGACAGUGCAGGAUUCCCUGGCUCAGUGCGACAAGAUCGAGGCUUGUAUAUCAGACCACCUAUCGAAGAUUCAGUCGAAAAACCUUGCUUUAGCAGAUUAAAGCUCCAGAUCCCAUAUCAUGUGCUAUAAUUUGCUCCAUGAGCAAAUGCAAAGCGGAUGGAAUGCUUCAAGAGUGGAGCAGAUCCUUGUCUAUUUAUUGUUGGUGUAAUGUGUUUAAAAAUACAGAAGGACACUUGUUCAUGGCACUGACGCUAUGUAUGUUUGGGACUCGUUCUCCAUUUAGAAGAUCAACAAGAGAAACCACUGAGGCUGUUUAAAAACAAUAGAGCAGGUUUGAAAUGUGGUGUAUUAUGCAGAUCCUUUUAAAUUAGCUCAUAACUCGUGACAGAUGAUUAGACUAUGUGUCCAUAAUGAGAUCAGCUCAUCACACUGUUUAAAAAAAAAGUACUACAAAAAAAGGUUUUCUGUCAUGAUGUGUCCUCUGUUCAGUGUAUUGAGGCAGUUUGAUUAUGUGGUGAGAGUAGUCUGUUAGGGACAGGGCCCUAGAGUGUCAAGAGUCAGAACCAAAACAGUGUCUUCUUUUUAAUCUAUUAACUGAUCCAGUGUGGUGCUUUGAAAUCAUUGAACUGUGGAAUUUUAAUUUCUUUCACCUUCACAGCAUUAGGUUAUUUUAUACAUAUAAAAAGCAUUGGUGAUUUGUCACAACAGAAAGGUCCCAGCUACAUCCCAAUGAAUCAAAUAUUACAGUCUCAGUUUAUUUUCAGCCUUAUACAUGGGAUCUUUACAUACAUCAUCACUUAUAGAGACCCUAGUGAGUUUCAGGGGCGAGAGGUGACAGGUAGAGAAGGGUCCACACACAUGGUCCAACAAGCAGCUUAAAUGAAUGACCUUCAUUAGGCUUUACCACAGUGCAGCUCUGUCAAGAAUCAAGUUACAGGAUGUAGCUGUAUCAAUAAGAUUGGAAAUCCACAAUAAUCUACAGGAAAUAAACGUGUCCAUUGCUG